AUCAAACAUAUCUAUUUCAUUGUAAGUUCCAAAAGUGUACACGAGCUACAGAAAACAGACCUUGCAGUAAAAUGACCUACUUUAAUGCAUUAUUGUAAUGGAAGAAGCAUCUUGCUAUACUUUUGUAUUAAGAGUCGUGUCUGUAAUUUGAAAGAUUACGACAUAUGCUAUUGAUAAUAAUAUGCACUACUGCAAAUUACUUAAUAAGUACCCGCGUUCUUCAUAUCUUAAAUAGUAUCGACAUUUCAGUUAUCUAUUUGUUUGCCAUUCCUUCGUAACCAUCUAUCAAAAAGUUUCGAGCAUAUAUUUUAUAGAAGAAUUUAGAAAUGCGUAUCUUACAAAUUGUAACGGCGUGGCUGAUUCUCAUCGUUAUACCGCACUGUGGCAUCCAUGGUUUUGGAUACAGUAAGAGAGAGCAACACUUGUGGCCGAAGAAGUACAAAUUAUGCGCAGGAAAACGACAAUCACCAGUGGCUAUAUGCACAUCAAAAGCGAUCGUUAAACCAUUUCCGGCUCUUGAAUUGAUUGGUUAUCACGAUUUUUUUCCAAUGCCGCAAUUAUUAAAAAAUAAUGGAAACACUGUUAUACUUAGAGUAGACAAAAAUGAGACACAAGUACAUAGAACAUUGCCUUAUAUAUUUGGAGGCAUGCUGCGAAAUCAAACAUUUGAAAUGGAAGAAGUGCACUUUCAUUGGGGUUUAAAAAAUAAUAGAGGUGCCGAACAUGUACUAAACGGUUUAAGAUAUUCAAUGGAAACGCAUAUUAUACAUUACAACAUGGCAUAUGGCAAUUAUGUAAAUGCGGCACAACACGACGAUGGUAUAGCCGUAGUAGCUUCUUUCUUCCAGUUGCAAGAUGAAGACAACGAGCGUCUUCAACCUUUUAUAAGUAAGUUAUCUGAUGUGCAAUGGGCACAUACAGAGUUAUCGGUCAAUAUAUAUCUCACUCUAGCAUCCCUAAUACCGUCAAACACAGAUGUCUUUUACGCAUACAAAGGAUCUCUCACAACUCCGCCUUGUAACGAAGUAGUCACCUGGCACAUUUUCGCCAAUCCAAUUCCAAUAUCCUUCCAUCAGAUGAACAUGUUCCGGAAACUCUUAAACGGCGAAGGAAUUUUGGGCGAUAAUUUUAGAUUAUUACAAGAUAUCGGUCAACGUAAAAUAUAUAUUAGAAGAUUAGAUCCAACAAUCUCGAUGAAAGAUAUCAAACACGAUUUAAAAUGCUGAUUGGAUGAUCUAAAAGAAUACAUCAAUAACAGCGAGCGCUCACUCAAUUGUUGAGUCUGCUGAACGCAGCCAUUAAAUCACCUGUAAAGUUUUUUGCAUGCUGAUACUCCUAAUGAUGAUCACGAGCCAUCAUGUUAACAGAGAAAUGACAUUCUUAUACUGAUAUGGCCAACUAAACAAAUUCUGGAUCCGUCAUAUCACAUCCUCUGAGAGAAUAAUAACUGGCUCGUUUUUGUACACAUACUAUAACAAUAAUAAUGUACCUUGAAAAAACAAUAUAUAUAGCUUAAAAUUGUAAAAAGGAUAAGGAUUCAAAUUUCUUUACUACAAUCAUAUUGAAUUAUGACAGAAGGAAAAAAUUACAUCAAUUUCCAUCUUGUAAAAUAUAUAUGCAAAAUAUUUUAAUUCUUCCUUGUGUCACUACUUGAUCAAUAAAAUAGUGAAAUGUAUU